AUGCCGCCGUCGCUGCCGCGCCCGAAGUUUUCUAUGCGUGCGCGCUCGCCGUGCUUCGUCGAGUCCUGGCCGCCCCGGGGGCACUCCCUGGCCGCGCCCUGCGUCCGCUCGCCGCGACCCGGGUGCGCUCUACGUCGCGCGCCCGCCCGCGACCCCGCUGCCCCUGCGCCGAAGCUGCCCCUCGCCACCCCUUCGCCCGCUUGCUCCGGCCUCGCCCCGGCAUCGCCCCGGCACCCCUGGCCGUCGCCGCCCGCAACCCCGCUCCCGCCACCACCGCGCCUGCGCCUCCCGCUCGCCGGCCGCGCCUGCGCCCUCCCCUGCAGCCGCUGCCGCUUCGCGCUCCACCCUCGCCGCUGCUACGUGUUGUUGCGCUGCGACGCCGCAACCAGCCACCGCUGCCCGCCAGCGCCCCGCCAUCCUCACCUUGCUCACUACCACCCGCUCGCGCCGCCCCUGCCCGCACUGUACGCCACCGCAGCCCAUCGCCGCGCCCGCGACCCCCUGGACGCGCGCUCGCCUCCUCGUUGUCGCGCCCCUCCUGGGCUCUCGCCAUUGCUGCUCCGCCGGCGACCUCCCUCGCCGGUGCCGAGCCAGGCCGCCGAUGCCCUCUGCUCGUUCGGCCGGGCGUGCUCGCGCCCGUGGCCGCACGCACGCCCCGCGCGCCCGUUUCGCCCUCUACACCGCGCCCGAUUGGCCCCUGUGCUACUGCACGUGGGGCCCGCCCUUGUAAUAAAUAAAAGGAAAGAUUUAAAAAUAUAUUUAAAAAUAUAUAAUUAA